ACAGUGUCACGUGUGAAUAUUGUGCUGCUGGGUCUGACUGGAGCAGGAAAGAGUGCAUCAGGAAACACCAUCCUGGGUGGAGACAGAAAAACAUUUGAAGAAGGCUACUCUUUUGAGUCUAAAACCAAAAUCUGUGCAGCAGCACAUACGGAAGUGGGCGGACGAAGAAUCAAUGUGAUCGACACUGUAGGACUCUCUGAUACAAAAGUGAAGAUUACAGAUCUUCAGACCAAAAUAGAGCAGAUAUUUGAUUGUGCACACGAUGGUGUUGAUGUGUUUCUGCUGGUGAUCAGACUGGGUGUUAAAUUUACAGAGGAGGUCAUUACAGCAAUGAAAUGGAUCCAGGAUCAUUUUGGAGCAAAAGUCUUAAAACACACAAUAGUGCUCUAUACGCAGUUACAGGAGACAGUAGAAGAUCAUCUGGGAGAAUGUCAAACACUGCGAUCACUCGUUGAUCAGUGUUCAGGAGGAUUUCAUGUUUUUAACAACAAAGAUGAAGAUCAAUCUCAAGUCACUGAGCUUCUGGACAAGAUAAACAGACUGAGGAGGAAGAAUGUGUACAAGAGAUACAAUGAGCAGGACUAUAAAGAGACACAGGAUAAAAUCCUAAUCAGAAAAUAUGUUACUGGAGCAAAAAUAGGAGGAGGAGCAGUUGUAAAAGUGUGA